UUAGGAAUUUGUGAAUCAUAAUUAUUAUGUAAUGUUACUCAAAUUACAAAUAGUUUAGCUAUCGAUUCAAUAAAUAAUUAGCGGACGUUCUUAAAUAUGGUGCUCCUACAAAAUUAUCUAGGUAUAAUCGAAGAAACUUUAAAAGACACGUCUUUGGUUAGUUUUACUUUACCAAGUGUAAAAGAAUGCUUCCUACAAAUUAGUUAUGAGAAAUCCGAGUGUUGCAGCACAGAAUAUGUUGUAUCGAAACCAGUACUACCAUUUGCUCGAUCUGACCUAUUUCUAAGUUCUAUAAAGAGUUGGCGGAGAUUAUCUGCCGUGAACAAUGAUUGCAAGGACAUCUAUGAGAUAGAUUUUGAUAUAACUGGUAGUAACUUUACCUUUAGUCCUGGAGAUACUGUAGGUAUAAUACCAAAAAACAAUGCAUUGGAAGUGAGUACCAUCAUCUCUCAUUUGGGUCUUGAUGAUGUUAAGGACCUGCAAUACAGCUUAUUUAUAGAACCUGGUAAACAAGCAAAAAUUCCUCCUCACAUACCAGUGAAAUCAACUGUAGAUCAUGUUUUAACACACUGUGUGGACUUAAGAGGGGUAGUUAAAAAGCUAUUCCUGUUGGCACUAUCUAGACAUACAAAAGAUGAAACAGAGAGAAAAGUUCUGGAAUACCUUUGCAGUAAAGAAGGAUCAACAAAGUACACAUCAGAUAUUCUAAACAAAAACAUUUGUUUACUUGAUCUUCUGUGUAUGUUUAAAUCAUGCAAACCACCAAUACAAGUCAUAUUUGAGCAUCUACCUAGACUACUACCGAGGCCUUAUUCAAUAGUUAAUAGUUUAAAUUUACACCAAAAUACAAUUAAGAUCUGUUUUUCUGUUAUGGAUAUUGGAAAUAAGAGGAGAGGUUUGACAACUGGAUGGUUGGAACAAUUAAUAUUAAAUGACAAUUUAGAGGCCAAAAUGGAGAAUUUGAAUCUUGACAAUGAGAGCAAUAUCAUGAUACCAAUUUAUUUAAGACAAAAUAUGAAUGGAUUUACUCUCCCUAGUGAAGCAGAAACACCUAUUAUAUUAAUAGGUCCUGGCACAGGAGUGGCUCCAUUCAUUGGGUUUUUAGAAGAGAGAGAAUAUUUAAAAAAUAAUUCAAAUAAAGACUUGGGUCCUGCAUGGCUUUUCUUUGGCUGCCGAAAUCCCCUUUUGGAUUAUUUGUAUGAGAAGGAAUUAACUAACUUUUUGAAUAAUGGUGCUUUGAGCAAUUUGAGUACAGCAUUUUCAAGGGUAGAUAAUUGCAAAAUUAAAUAUGUACAGGAUGGUCUUCAAGAAAAUGCAGAUGAAGUAAUAAAAUUAAUCAAAGCCGGUGCUUAUGUGUAUAUCUGUGGGGAUGUUAAAGUGAUUGCAUCACAAGUUAAGGAAGUAUUGAUUGAUUGUAUUAUCAGAAAUGAUAAUGUAACGAAACAGGAAGCAGAAAAAUAUGUGAAUGAUAUGCAAAAGGAAAAAAGAUACAUAGCUGACAUUUGGAAUUAAAAUCUUGUGAUAUUUAGCAUACAAUGCUUUAUUGUGUCAAUAUAUUUUUAUUUAUUUUA